AUUUCAAAUAGCCACUGGUACUUUUUGAACUUGAUAGCUAAAGAUUCUAAAACGCAUGUUUUACACUGUUAGUUUUAACCAGUCAGGAAAAUUUUAUGUGACCCAUGAUAGUUAUUUUAUUUUUGUAUGAAUUUUGUUUAGGCUGCCGUGUUUAGCUUUUAUUAACCCCUUAUUCCUGCUCUUAAAUUCCAUACUGUGGUUAAUGGCAUACUUGCCAAGAUACUUAGCAUGUAAAACAAAAAAGCAGACUUCUAAUUUUUUCUUUUUUUUAACAGCUUCAUACUGAAGCUGAGUCUUACCAUAAACAAGUUGAGUGGCAGGCCUGGUAUGCUGUGUCUUGUUACAUAAAGCUAUUGCCAGAAUCUUAGUAAAUAUAACACUUUAGAAACUUGUCUUUGUAUAUUCAUAACAAAUUGUGACAAGUUAAGUGAGAAUUACAUUAUUGCUCUUCCUGUGUCAUAUUUUACUAAGAGUUUGUGCCUCAUAUCUACUGCUGAAUUGUUUACUAGUAACGUUAAAAGGAAUUGAAAAAUCAUUUUCACUUUACAUUUUUAUAUAAUCAGGUAACAUGACAUAUAAUUUGAUGUACAAUUUUGCCUGUAACAGAGGGUGUGCUAAUUAGAGUGGUAUAUGCACAAAACAUUUUGGCAUGACAAGAGGCUGAAUAAAUAGCUAUUUUACUUAAAAAAAAAAAAAAAAAAAAAGAAUUAACUGCUGAGUGGCCUUCGCCCGAUCCCGGCUCCACUCCUGGGCCACAUUCCCUGCUGCCUGACCUACUGCCCGUCUCCUAGGCCACUAAACCGCGGCUGUGCCCCGGAGUAAGGCAAGGGGGACUGUAGAGAGGAGCAGAGGCCUGAGCCAGACCAGAACCACUUCCUCUCCCAGGUCUUCCUUCAGACACUGACAUGGCCCAGCUGGUGACAACAGAGUUGCUGCUCCUUCUGGCGGGGGUGGCCGCAGUGUGGGCAGCCCGGCCCAGGACUGAGCUUCUCAAUGUCUGUAUGGAUGCCAAGCACCACAAGGAAAAGCCAAGCCCAGAAGACGAGCUGCAUGAGCAGUGCAGCCCCUGGAAGAAGAAUUCCUGCUGCUUUGCCAACACCAGCCGGGAAGCCCAUAAGGACAUUUCCUACCUGUACAGAUUCAACUGGGACCACUGUGGACAGAUGGCACCCGCCUGCAAACAGCACUUCAUCCAGGACACCUGCCUCUAUGAGUGCUCCCCCAACCUGGGGCCCUGGAUCCAGCAGGUGAACCAGAGCUGGCGCAAAGAACGCAUCCUGAACGUGCCCCUGUGCAAGGAGGACUGUCAGCAAUGGUGGGAGGACUGUCGCACGUCCUACACCUGCAAGAGCAACUGGCACAAGGGCUGGAACUGGAGCUCAGGGCAUAACCGGUGCCCAGUGGGAGCUGCCUGCCACCACUUCCAUUUCUAUUUCCCCACGCCCGCAGCCCUGUGUGAGGGCAUCUGGAGCCACUCCUACAAACUCAGCAACUACAGCCGAGGGAGCGGCCGCUGCAUCCAGAUGUGGUUCGACCCGGCCCAGGGCAACCCCAACGAGGAGGUGGCCAGGUUCUAUGCCUUGGCCAUGAGUGCGGGAGCCAUGCCCCAUGGGAUUGGGCUUCUCCUGCUCAGCCUGGUCCCCAUGCUGCAACUCUGGUUGCUCAGCUGAGCUCCUUUUACCUUGUGAUAUCUGCACAGCCCUGCCCUGUUCAGCCCCAUAGCUCCCAGCUAUUCACUUCCUGUUCCUUGGAUGGGGGCGGGGCUCUGCCCCACGUUUGAAUAAACCAGACACCCAACAUGUAUUAAGUGAAUUCUUUGGGUGUGAAAUGGGAA